AUGGCCGAGCGGCUGGGGGAGGAGCAGAUCGCCGAAUUCAAGGAGGCUUUUUCCCUUUUCGACCGGGAUGGAGAUGGUUGCAUCACCACGAAGGAGUUGGGCACUGUCAUGCGCUCGCUGGGGCAAAACCCCACCGAAGCGGAGCUGCAGGACAUGGUGGGGGAGGUGGACGCCGACGGCAGCGGCACCAUCGAUUUCCCCGAGUUCCUCUCUCUGAUGGCAAGGAAGAUGAGGGACACGGACAGCGAGGAGGAGAUCCGCGAGGCUUUCCGCGUCUUUGAUAAGGAUGGCAACGGCUACAUCAGCGCGGCAGAGCUGCGGCACGUCAUGACCAACCUGGGUGAGAAGCUGACGGAUGAGGAGGUGGACGAGAUGAUCAAGGAGGCCGACUGCAACAAUGACGGGCAGGUCAACUACGAGGAGUUCGUGAGGAUGAUGACGGAGAAGUGA